AUGGUGAUGUCGCAGGGCACCUACACCUUCCUGGCCUGUUUCGCUGGCUUCUGGUUGGUCUGGGCGCUCAUCGUCAUGCUCUGCUGUUUCUGCAGCUUCCUGCAGCGCCGGCUGAAGCGCCGCCGCGAGGAGAGGCUGAGGGAGCAGUGUCUGCGCAGCGUGGAGAUGGAACCGCUCAGCUGUCAACCUGCAGGAUACCCUCCUCCUCCACCUCCACCUCCAAACCCUCCGCCUCUACAGCUGCCCAGAGAGCCGCCGCAGUUCUGCCCUCCUCAGACUCUGCUGCCGCCAGUUCCUCUGCAGGUUCCUCAUCCCAUGCCGCAAGCUAACUGGAUCAGCAUGCCAGACUCAGAUCUAUUUGGGAAGCCGCCCUGUUACGAGGAGGCAGUCCUGAUGGAGGAUCCCCCCCCUCCGUACAGCGAGGUCUUAGCCGACCCGCGGGGGGGCACCUACAUGAAGCCGACCACGCUCCGAGCAGCUCCUCCUCCUGUCAGAGAACACCAGGACCCCCCUCCGGUGUUCACAUCCGAGAUGAGCAAACCCCCGGCGGCGUCCGUGUUCCCGGACCGAGGCUACUCCUCCCUGAUCCGCCUGCCUUCGUCGCAGCGCUGGGACUCGCUGGGUCACCUCCUGUCCAACAUGGACCUGAACCACAGCAACCUCACGCCGCCGGGAUCCCGCCCCCUCCAGGCUGCCGCCGCCAUGGCGACCAUGCCCCGCCGAGAGCACAGGACUCAACACGACUCGCUCGGCCUCCGGAGUGGAAUACAAGGACUGCAAGGGGGGAUACACGGGUUCCAGAGGGGGUUUCAGGGGUUUCAGGGGAUGCAUGGAUUAAGGAGCUUGGAGCCCAGCUGUGGCUUGCCGACGGCUUUCCCUCUGCUGGGUCGGAGCACUGCAGUCUAG